CGCGGACAGCUGACUUGUCACAACACACAAGCACUUUUUCAGAGAAGUCCAUAAACAAAUACAUACAAAAAAGCCAAAGCAAAAGCGAGAAAACGUAAUUAUAUCUCAUUGUCAGUUCUGCCUGUGAUAACUUUUGGACAACACAUUCAUGGAAAAAAUCGUCAAGAAGCUGGAUCCUGACGUGCAACCUAUGUCAAAAAUGGUUUCGCUUGGGUCUUGCUGGGAACUUCUGUACCACAUUGAGAAAGGGAACGUGAAAAGUGAGCAAGAUGUGAUCAUCCUGAUGGUGCACUUGAUUCUCAUCAAAAACGAUUUUCAAUGCAUCCAGGAAGAAGACGCCCAGUAUGUUGCUACUCAAACAUCAGAGAUUCUUCCAACCGGCUGGAACAGCGAUUCAAAGGACUAUAAGAUUUUGUACACUUGCAGCAGCACCAAAUACCAUCUCAGUGCCCACAUGAUUGAAGAUGUCCUUUCAAUCAAUUUGCUCAAUUUGAAAUCGCAGAAGACCCACUCUAUUGUGGUUCCCAUUUCCCUCGUGAAGAAGCUCGAAGGGCCCUUGGCCACUAUGAUUCCAAGUGAGAAAGACCUCUUCAACCAAAUUUGGUCUGAAAUGGUGAAGCCUGCCAAAAGCGAAGGGCAGCGCGACGUAGAGAGUCAGACUGCUCCCAUCCCAUCCAGUUCAAGUCGCUUUGUACCUGUCGGAACUGACCCCAUCAUUUUCCCAAGAGGAAUUCCAAGCCCAAAUCUGGUUGAUCCAUUUAGGGUUGGCGAGCGAGACCUGAAUCCACUCGCUCCGAUGGGACCUGGCGGAGGAAUGCUAAUGGAGCCACUACGAAGGGGACUUAUCAUGCCAGACAGGAAUUUUCCAGGACUGCCAAGAGGAGCUGUUCCGCCAGGCGCCAGGUUUGAUCCAAUCAUGCCAGGAAUGCCUGGCAGAAGGGCUGGGCCUGACCCUGACCACCUGCCGAUGCCUGGUGGCAACAACUUUGACAACAUGUUUAUGUAGAUGACAAUUUCAGUUAUUUGGUUAUUAAAAAUUAAAUUGCAAGUCAA